GAGCGAGAGUGCGUGUGUGUGUGUGUGUGUGUGUGUGUGUGUGUGUGUGUGUGAGUGAAUUCCAGAUUUUCUGUCUUUCCCAAACCCGCUCCUGUCCUCUCACAUAUCACUCACAGACUGGGAUCUGACAGCAGCGACAAACCUACAGUGAGUGAUCUCUCCCCAGCGCGAAUCCGCCAUCAAGAUCAGGGACAAGGAGGAGGAGGAAGAAGAGGAAGAGGAGGAGGAAGAGGAGGAGGAGAAGGAGGAGAAGGAGGAGGUGGAGGAAGAGGAGGAAGAGGAGGAGGAGGGAAAGAGAAGGAAGAAGAAGAAAAAGAAGAAACCCACUGUCUUCCCAGGAUUGUUUUCCCCCUUAUCUUUACGCGCGAGUGUGCGCGUGGCGCGUGUGCGCCCCUCGUCCCUGCCAUCUGAACCCCGACUUGGAUGUUUAAUAAAGAAAUCAAGUGUCUCACCAGUCACCAAAAAAAACAGCAAAAAGCAAAACCAAAAAAAGAAAAAAAAAUCCAAAAGCAAAAACAAAAAGAGAGAGGGGAAAAACCCAAACAAACAAACAAGGCAGAACCAACCUCCACUCGCAAGCAGCAGGCACAAACCGUCUCUGCCUCCCAGAGAGGGGGUCUCCGGCCCCGCGCUGGAGCGCUGGCAGGGGGAUCGUCAGGGGGACAGAGGCCGAGUGACGUCCUAGGAGCCACAGAAAGACCAGUGAGACUGCGGCCCCCGCGCGCGGCUCAGGGCUGGGGCGCCAGAAGUGAGACUGGAGCUAAGUAGAGCGAUGCCAAGGAGGAAACAGCAGGCACCCAAGCGGGCUGCAGGCUAUGCCCAGGAGGAAUUGCUGAAGGAAGAGGAAGAAAUAAAGGAGGAAGAGGAGGAGGAGGAAGACAGUGGUUCAGUGGCUCAGCGUCAGGGCAGCAAUGACCCUGGCACAGACGAGGAGCUAGAAACGGUCCCAGAGCAGAAAGGCUACUUCAGCUGCCAGAACUCUCCGGGGAGUCACCUGUCCAAUCAGGACGCAGAAAACGAAUCUCUUCUGAGUGAUGCCAGCGACCAGGUGUCAGACAUCAAGAGCAUCUGUGGCCGAGAUGCCUCAGACAAGAAAGCAAAGGCUCACCCCAAGCUUCCAAGCGAACCCCAUAGCUGCAUGGAUAAAAUGACAGCCGUCUAUGCCAAUAUCCUCUCAGAUUCCUACUGGUCAGGCCUGGGCCUCGGGUUCAAAUUAUCCAACAGCGAGAGACGGAAUUGUGACACCCGCAAUGGCAGCAACAAGAAUGAUUUUGAUUGGCACCAAGAUGCCCUGUCCAAAAGCCUCCAGCAGAACUUGCCUUCCAGGUCCGUCUCUAAGCCCAGCCUAUUCAGCUCCGUGCAGCUGUACCGGCAGAGCAGUAAGAUGUGCGGCUCGGUGUUCACCGGGGCCAGCAGGUUCCGGUGCAGGCAGUGCAGCGCAGCCUAUGACACUCUGGUAGAGCUGACGGUGCACAUGAAUGAGACAGGCCACUAUCAAGAUGACAACCGCAAAAAAGAUAAGCUCAGACCCACAAGCUACUCAAAGCCCCGGAAAAGAGCUUUCCAAGACGUGGACAAGGAGGAUGCGCAAAAGGUUCUGAAGUGUAUGUUUUGCGGUGACUCCUUUGAUUCCCUGCAAGAUCUGAGCGUCCACAUGAUAAAGACAAAACAUUACCAAAAAGUGCCUUUGAAGGAACCGGUACCAACCAUUUCCUCUAAAAUGGUCACACCAGCCAAGAAACGUGUUUUCGAUGUCAACAGGCCUUGCUCCCCUGACUCUACCACAGGGUCGAUCGCAGAUUCAUUUUCUUCCCAGAAAAAUGCCAGCCUGCAGCUGCCCUCCAACAGCCGCUACGGCUACCAAAACGGAGCCAGCUACACCUGGCAGUUCGAGGCCUGCAAGUCCCAGAUCUUAAAGUGUAUGGAGUGUGGCAGCUCUCAUGAUACCUUACAGCAACUCACCACCCACAUGAUGGUCACGGGUCACUUUCUCAAAGUUACCAGCUCUGCCUCCAAGAAAGGAAAGCAGCUGGUGUUGGACCCGCUGGCCGUGGAAAAAAUGCAGUCUCUGUCUGAAACCCCAAACAGCGAUUCGCAGGCCCCUAAGCCGUCAAGUAACUCCACUGCUGACUGCACAGCCUCCACCACUGAGUUAAAAAAAGAGAGCAAGAAGAAGGCGGAGGAGGUCAGCGAAGACCACCAACAAGGCAUGAAAAGCGAGGACUUUGAAGACCCUCUACAGAAACCUCUCGACCCGGCCAUAAAGUACCAGUACCUAAGAGAGGAGGACUUGGAAGAUGGCUCCAAGGGCGGUGGGGACAUCCUAAAGUCCCUGGAAAAUACUGUAACCACAGCCAUCAACAAGGCCCAAAAUGGUGCUCCCAGCUGGAGUGCAUACCCGAGUAUCCAUGCAGCCUACCAGCUGUCAGAGGGUGCCAAGCCACCCAUGGCAAUGGGCUCUCAGAUACUGCAGAUCAGACCCAACCUGGCCAACAAGCUAAGGCCGAUCGCACCCAAAUGGAAAGUCAUGCCUCUUGGCCCUGUGCCCACAAACCUGGCCCUGUACGCUCAAGUUAAAAAGGAGUCAGAAGACAAAGAUGAAGUCGUGAAGGAGUGUGGGAAGGAAAGUCCCCACGAAGAGGCCACAUCCCUCAGCCAGUCUGAAGGGGAAUGUUUCUCCAAAACCGAAGCACCUUCAGAAUCCAGAAAGGCUGAGCCCUGUCCCCAGAAGGAGGAAGAGAAGCUGUUGAAAGAGAAAGCAGAGCCCUUAGAACCAGUGUCUUCUCUCAGCAAUGGAUGUGCACCGGCAAACCACAGCCCAGCCCUGCCUGGCAUCAACCCACUCAGCGCACUGCAGUCAGUCCUGAACAACCACCUGGGCAAAGCUACGGAGCCCUUGCGCUCGCCUUCCUGCUCCAGCCCCAACUCAAGCACAAUCUCCAUGUUCCACAAGCCCAGUCUCAGCGUGGUGGACAAGCCUGUCACAAGUCCCUCCUCCACCAGGCCGGCCAGUGUGUCACGACACUACCUGUUUGAGAACAGCGAUCAGCCCAUUGACCUGACCAAGUCCAAAAGCAAGAGAGCCGAGUCCUCGCAAGCACAAUCCUGCACAUCCCCACCUCAGAAGCAUGCUCUGUGUGACAUUGCUGACAUGGUCAAGGUCCUCCCCAAAGCCACCACCCCAAAGCCAGCUGCUUCCUCCAGGGUCCCUCCUAUGAAGUUGGAAAUGGAUGUCAGGCGCUUUGAGGAUGUUUCUGGCGAAGUCUCAACUUUGCACAAAAGAAAGGGCAGGCAGUCCAACUGGAACCCCCAGCAUCUUCUCAUCCUGCAAGCGCAGUUUGCCUCGAGCCUCUUCCAGACGUCAGAGGGCAAAUAUCUGCUUUCUGACCUGGGCCCGCAAGAGCGGAUGCAGAUCUCAAAGUUCACAGGGCUCUCGAUGACCACAAUCAGCCACUGGCUGGCCAAUGUCAAGUACCAGCUUAGGAAAACGGGUGGGACAAAAUUCCUGAAAAACAUGGACAAAGGGCAUCCCGUCUUUUACUGCAGUGACUGUGCGUCCCAGUUCAGAACCCCCUCUACUUACAUCAGCCACUUAGAGUCUCACCUGGGCUUCCAAAUGAAGGACAUGACCCGGAUGGCAGCCGACCAGCCGAGCAAGGUGGAGCAGGAGAUCUCCCGGGUGCCAUCGGCUCAGAGGUCUCCGGAAACAAUAGCUGGAGAAGAGGACACAGACUCUAAAUUCAAGUGUAAGUUGUGCAGUCGGACAUUUGUGAGCAAACAUGCAGUAAAACUCCACCUAAGCAAAACGCACAGCAAGUCACCCGAGCACCAUUCUCAGUUUGUAACAGACGUGGAUGAAGAAUAGUUCUGCAGGUAUGGGUUUGCUCCCAGGUGAUGGUGACCAUGGCCUUGUGAGGAGCGUGUUCAGAGGAGAUGGGUCUGCUUAGAGGCAGAGGGUGUCUCCUGAGGCCACCCAGGACCGUAGCUUGCUGACAUAGACUUACUUUUACAAGACAGAAAGAACAUGCUGAGUAGGUCCCAGCCAUUCCCCCAUGUCCUUCAGCUUAGUGGGGGAGUAGCAUAAGAUGCAUCCGAGAGAAAUGAGGCUCAUGUUUGCUUACAGAGCUCCGGGACCCACAAUUCCCUUAGCAAUCUAAGGCCCGACCUCCAAGAGGACUAGAUCCCAUUUUGCCAUCUGCCUUCCCACAGCAAUGCUAAUACAGAGGGAGGAAGAGGUGAGCACCACAGUGAAGAUGGAGGUCUUAUCAUACACAGAGGUAGCUUAAUCAGUUCACGAAUGGCUUAAUGUUAUCUUUAUGGUUCUUGCAACGAACGCAUUCUGUAGCUGACUUUUAUGGAUGGCUACCUUUCCACUCCUUCCCUGUUUCUUUCCUACAUUCGUUUUCUUACAGAAGAGCAGGUACCCCUUGAGGUGGAGAGUUGAGGUGCGCUCUUCUCCAUGGAACAGGGAGAUGAGAAUGGAGGAGGCUUUCGUUCCUCUCUCACCUUUUGGUUUUCUUUAGGCUAAGCUCUGGAUCGAGCCCACCAUAAACAUAGAUAGGUGCAAGGCAUCCCCGAGAGUUCAUUUUGUCUAUAGAGAUGGAUGGAUGGCUCACAGCCCGCAUACGCUCAAGUGCAUAGGGUCCAUCCCACAGCUUCAAGGUAAUUUUUAUCGAGCAGGAGGUGCAGUUAGGUGGCAAAGCACUUGCCCAGCAUGCGUAAGGUCCUAGGUUCGAGCCCCAGUACCGAAAGGAGAAAUGAAUUUGUACCAUGUAUCAUAGAAGUUCAUGCCUUGUAUAGCUACCGGUAUCCAGGUUACUUAUGUCACCUCCAGGAGAAAAGACAGAGACCAAAGGCAAAUGUCUUAGUGGAUUAGUCACAUAGGCUGUGUUCAAAUGUAGAGAAUAAGCAAGGCUGGAUGUGGACAAAGCUCUCUCACGGGAUUCCUCUGCUUCCUUUUCUGACCCCUCCAGCAUGACACUCCCAUACUCUAGGGACCGCAACACAUAUUUAGAUCGAUUUCUGCCUGGGGCUACACCCCAACACAAGGACCCACCAUGAACUAAAGCUUCUGCAUCUCCCAGCCCAGCUUAUGUCCCACAGCGUUACGGAUUUGCUCUUAAUUAAUUCACGACAAAGUAUGGAAAGCUCGUAAUAGCAUAUCAUAUGAACCCUUACCAGCCUCCAUUCUCAAGGCGUUUGCUUUUCACAGGGGACUUCCAGGUCAAGAUCUACAGGUGGGGAUGGUAGGGUAGUUCCUGGUAGAGAAAGGUCCUUGCAUGGCCUGGCUCUGAGUGCAUCUCACAGAGGCAGAGAAGUUCUGAGUAUGAUGACAGUCAAAAAGAAAGGAAGGAAAUAUAUGUUUGACUUGAGACUCCAUCCUCCGGGUGGGAACCCAUGCUUCGGACUUGGGUGGGCUGCAGUGAAGACCACCCCUGUUGUUUGCAUGCUUUUAUCAUGGAAAUUUGAUGUUCCGGGCAGAUUCAUCUCCGGUUUUCCAAGCAUGAUUGUACAUCUUACCUUAUUGAAUGGAAAGCUGUUUUGCAUCUGUUGAACCCACAAGUGAGCUCGGGGUUCUGCCACAUGCUAUUUAUUUGCCAUAUCACACUUUAAAUUUUUAUGUAAUUAGCCAUUAUGCUCUUCUGGUCCUUAAAAAACAAAAACAAAAAGGUGGAGAUUCAUAAAGUACCUAGAGACGAGAUGUAUGUUUCAAAUCUAAUAAUUGUGGGUCCAAACCACAGGGAAGAGAACAAAUAGGUGAUGUUUAUUUUGUGUUAUAAUAAAGGUCGAUUUUCCACCUGUUA